CCAAGAAACCACAUUCUCUGUCUACUCCUUCUCUCUAGAGCUCAACAAUUCCCUUCAAUUAAUCGACAUUUUUGAAUGUCCAUCACUUGCGGCUUAGAGUGCGUGGCGGUGUUGGGUUGCUCACGGUGGGCGUGGAAGCGGUGCACAUAUAUAGGCUCCGAUGACAGCCAAUCAUGGCCCACCGCCACUCCCGAAGAGUUCGAGCCUGUCCCUCGCAUCUGCCGCAUCAUUCUCGCCGUCUACGAGACCGACCUCCGAAACCCAAAAUACCCACCUCAAGGCGGGUACCGUCUCGACCCGGAUUGUGUUGUGAAGCGGGUCACCUAUGAGGAGACCCAGGGACGUGCGCCUCCUUACAUCAUUUACGUUGAUCACGAACAUAAGGAGAUCGUACUCGCUAUUCGUGGACUUAAUCUUAUCAAGGAAAGUGAUUACAAGCUACUCUUGGAUAAUCGAUUGGGGAUGCAGAUGUUUGAUGGCGGAUAUGUUCACCAUGGUCUAUUGAGGUCCGCAAUUUGGCUCUUGAACCAGGAGGGCGAGACGCUCAGGAGGCUUUGGAUCGAAACCGGGAGGGAAUACUCGAUGGUCUUUGCUGGGCAUUCGUUGGGGUCCGGUGUAGCUGCCUUACUGACGAUCAUCGCCGUCAAUCACAGGGAGAAGUUGGGAGGCAUUUCCAGGGAUAAGUUUAGGUGCUACGCUGUGGCACCGGCGAGGUGUAUGUCGCUCAAUUUGGCUGUCAAGUAUGCAGAUGUUAUAUACUCUGUUGUAUUGCAGGAUGAUUUCUUGCCAAGAACGCCGACUCCAUUAGAAGAUAUAUUUAAGUCAAUAUUUUGCUUGCCCUGCUUGUUACAAUGGGUGUGCUUGAGGGAUACAUUCAUUCCCGAAGGUAGAAAGCUUCGAGACCCGAGAAGGCUCUAUGCUCCUGGACGAAUAUAUCACAUUGUAGAGAGAAAAUUUUGCAGAUGUGGGAGGUAUCCGCCAGAGGUCAGGACAGCUAUUCCUGUAGAAGGGAGAUUUGAGCAUAUUGUGUUAUCAAGUAAUGCUACAUCUGAUCAUGGGAUUAUUUGGAUAGAGAGAGAAGCAGAGAAGGCCAUAGAGAGAAUGAAGGAAACCAGUGCUGAGACCAUCACAACCCCUCCAAAGGUACAGAAGUUGGAGAGGUUGGAGACAAUUGAGAAAGAACACAAGGACGCACUGGAAAGAGCUGCUAGUUUGAAUAUACCUCAUGCUGUGACAACCAUAGAGGAGGAACCCAAGAAAGAUGAGGCAGAGUCAUCCGAAGGCACAUGCCAGGAUGGCUCAAAAAGUAAAUCUGACUCUACUGGGGGAAGGACUAACUGGGACGAAGUGGUUGAAAAGCUUUUUAAGAGAAAUGAGUCGGGAGAUCUACUUCUUAGAAAAGAUGCAGAAGCUCCAAAACAGCAGCAGUGAUACGUUAUUUUCUCUCGCGUUUUUCUCCCCCAUUGCCGGCGUGCAUUCGUUUUUUGGUAUGCAGUGUAUAUUUCUCGCGUUGCUGGUGUGCAUUUCUUUUUCGGUCUGCCGGGUGUAUUUCUCCCCGCUGCCCUUUAUCCAUUCAUUUACAUGUUAGAAAUUUGUAAAUUCUGUUGUAUGAAAAGGUCGUUAAAAUAACAUGAAACCAUAUUUCCUCUACCCAUGCGGGUAUAUACAAAUUACCAUCAACGUUUAUUGUCCUCAA